UCACUCACUAUCAUGUGUCGGGUCGUCUCUUCAUACAGCAUCCAAAACAAAGUUGAUAAGCGUAGAGUAAACACUGUCUAGCCGUGGUAAAGCCACAGUAAUUGCAUCACUCGCUGUACUAUAGCAUCAAUCAUGAAGAAAUCCACACGUUUAACGCUGUGUUUUUGUCUCAUUUUGUUGGCGAUCACUGCGCCACUUGUUUUAUCCGACGAAACGGAAGAGCAGGAACAGAGCAGCCAGGAAGCGGUAGUGCAGGAAGGUCAGGAUGCACCGGCACCGGAAGGUGACACUGAUGCGGAGGAAGGUGAAGCAACCGGAGAUACGGAACAGCAGGAGGAAGCGGAAGGAUCGGUCCCGGUUCAGGGGAUACUACAGCCGAUAAACAUUCUCCUGGCACCAACUGCCUGUAAACCGGGGUAUCGUGUCGAUCAUAAGGGCAAGUGUCGUCCGUCUAUAUGAAGAGAGCAGUCUUUGACGUUCCGAUCCUCUGCCCAGAUGGAGCCGAACUUGACCACAAGGGCAUAUGUCGGCGAAAGAUGGGAUAAUUGGGGAGGAAAAAGUGGAAUUACUACCACAAACACAACCAAACAAGAAGUCAACAAUCGCGCUCUUUAACACAGAUUUCAAAGUUCUCUCCUGCUAAAUAACCCGAAUGUUACUAUAUUGUGUUUAGUAGUAGGUGAAAUGGUGCAAUAAACAAAAGCCAAUCACACUAUCAUCAAUUGAAA